AUGGAAGGAGGUCAACUGGAAGCCUUAAAUCUUCCUCCAGAAGCUUGGCCUUCUGAAGUGACGGUGUCAGUGACAGGAGAACCACCUAAUACUGCUGUAGAAGAAAAGGAGGAAACAGCCAAAGAAGCAGUCAUAGAAAUCAGCGCAGAAAUCACGAAGCCACUCUCCAUUCUAGAUGUGCUGAGGAUCUCUGCAGUUCUGGAGGACACCAUAGACCAGCUCUCCAUUCUAAACUAUAUCAUGCCAGUUCAGUAUGAAAAAAGACAAAACAUCAGCAUGAAGAAUAACAAAGAAAUGCAUUCAGAAGGAAGAAGCUCGGGAAAAGUUCCACUGGUAUCAGAACCCUCAAAAAUAUCCAGUUCAUUGGCACAUAAAGAAGAACCCAAGUUGCCGGAAAUCAGACAAGGAGGCCAGUUUAACAAAGUGCAAGAUCUUAUCUUCAAAAAGCCCACAAGGCAGACCAUAAUGAAUACAGAGACACUGAAGAAAAUUCAGAUUGAUAGGCAAUUUUUCAGUGAUGUAAUUACAGAAACUAUGGAGGAGUUGCAAGAAGAAGGCACUUUCACCAAUCUCCUGAAAGCUUUGGGCAAAGAGAGGGAAAGCAAAAUGCAUUUCUAUGAUAUCAUUGCCAGGGAGGAAAAUGGAAGAAAGAAGAUAAAAUCUCUUCAAAAACAGCUGCUUAAUGUCAAAAAAGAAAGGCAAGCUGAAGUACAGAAUCGGAAUGAAUAUAUUGCUCACCUCAAGGACCAGUUGCAAGAGAUGAAGGCAAAAACCAACAUGGAGAAUCGCUAUAUGAAGAGAAACACAGAACUGCAGAUUUCCCAGACCCAGAAAAAAUGUAGCAAAACAGAAGAGCGCUUGCUGGAAGAGAUUGAGAAACUACGGCUGAAAACUGAAGAAGAGAACCGAAUUCAUGCAGAGAUUGAAGUGUUCCUUAGAAAGGAGCAGCAGAAGCUUGAGGAGAAGCUAGAAUUCUGGAUGGAGAAAUUUGAUAAGGACACAGAAAUGAAACAGAAUGAACUAAAUGCCCUCAAAUCUGCUAAGGCCAGUGACUUAGCACACCUUCAAGAACUUGCAAAGACGAUAAGGGAAUAUGAACAAGUCAUCAUUGAAGAUCGUAUAGAAAAGGAGAAGACCCGGAAGAAGAGAGAACAGGAUGACUUGGAACUGAGGAGCAUCAUAAAGCUCCAGGCCUGGUGGCGAGGCACUGUGGUGCGGAGAGAAAUUGGUGGUUUCAAAAUGCCUAAGGACAAAGAUGACAGCAAGGAUGUAAAACGAAAAGGCAAAGAGAAGGACAAGAGGAGAGGCAAGAAGUGA